GCACACCUGCACCCGCACAAAUACCGUGCACGUACCUACAUGGCAAACGUGUGCUGCUGAAGACAUUGUUGCUUCUUCCCCAGCCAAUUGAAGGCCUGCGCCGAACCCGUCUCGAUUGCGUCAUCUCCGAUAGCGUCUUCCAACGUCUUGACCUUGCAUGCUGGGGUCACAUUUGUUUUGGAGUCCCCAACGUACGUAGGACGGAAAAGAUGAGCGGCCAAGAAGUAGACUACAGCCUCUAUCUCGUGACUGACUCCACAGAAGCCAUCCUCGGCUCCCGCAACUUGGUUGAUGUUGUUGAGCACGCUUUAGUCGGCGGUGUCACCAUUGUUCAGUACAGAGACAAGACUUCUGACACCGGCCUCCUUAUCUCGACAGCAAAAGCCCUGCAUCAAAGAUGCAAAGCACACGGAAUUCCCCUUGUUAUAAACGACCGUGUUGACGUCGCAUUGGCCGUCGGUUGUGAGGGUGUACAUCUGGGGCAGGAUGACAUGAACGUAGUCGAAGCCCGCCGUAUCCUGGGCAAAGACAAGAUCAUCGGCGCCACCGUCUCUUCCGUCCAAGAGGCUCGGGUUGCCGUUGAACGGGGAGCAGAUUAUUUAGGCAUUGGCACUCUAUACGCCACAAACACAAAGAAGAACACCAAGGAAAUAAUCGGCAUUCCUGGUAUCCGCAAGAUACUGAGAUACCUUGACCAAGGGAGCGAAGCAGAGAAGAACGUCAAGACAGUGUGCAUCGGUGGAGUGAACGCCUCGAAUGUGCAGCGCAUAACUCACCAACUUCUCGCUCCAACGCCUAUCCAACCCAACCCCAAAACCAUUGACGGCGUUGCUGUAGUAUCAGCCAUAGUCGGAGCCUCUGACCCCAAAGCUGCCUCGCAAAGCCUAUUGAAGCUUAUCAAAUCCCCUCCACCGUUCAAGCUCAAGGUCAAGCAGCUAGGCCCAUUGUCCCACAACAUGACCAACCUCGUUGUCCAAAACUUUGCCGCCAACGUUGCCCUCUCCAUUGGCGCCUCGCCCAUUAUGGCAAACUAUGGCGAGGAAGCCCACGACCUAUCCCAACUCGGCGGUGCCUUGGUCGUAAAUAUGGGCACCGUCACCCCCGACGGCAUCCUCAACUACCAAAAAGCCAUAUCCGCAUACAACGCCGCCGGCAGCUCCGUUGUCCUCGAUCCUGUAGGCGCAGGCGCAACAUCCGUCCGGCGCACCGCCCUCUCCACCCUCAUGGGUACCGGGUACUUCGACCUGAUCAAAGGAAACGAAAAGGAGAUUCUAGCCGUAGCGCGUGCAUCCGGGUACACGGUGACGGAUAGCUCGCAGCAACGCGGUGUAGACAGCGGUGCCUCGCUCUUCUCGCUAGCCCAAAAGGCAUACAUCGUCCAGCGCCUUGCGGCUCGCGAGCGCAACCUCGUCCUCAUGACAGGUGCGACAGAUGUAGUUUCCGACGGCAUACGCACAUAUGCCAUUGCGAAUGGACACGAGUAUCUCGGUCGAAUCACGGGCAGUGGGUGUACACUGGGUACCACGCUAUCCGCCUACCUCGCUGCUAAUCCUGAAGAUAAGCUUCACGCUGCUGUGGCUGCCAUUUUGCAUUACGAAAUUGCGGCUCAGAUUGCUGCUGGGCGACAAGAUGUCAGCGGCCCUGGCACCUUUGUACCUGCCUUUUUGGAUGAGCUAUGGAAUUUUGGCGAGGCGGUUGUAAAAGGUGGGGGCGACGCCUUGCUGCGGGAAAAAGCAAAGGUGCAGUGUCUCAAGGAUAUACCGGAUGCGGGGUUGUUGAAGGACUUGUGAGGAAAAGUAAAGGGUUGUUUGUAUAUCCCAUUAGAGGAAAAGCACAAGGAAUAAAAGUGUCGAUUACUCAUGC